AUGCCUCCCUCAGCCGUCGCCAACAAUGGCAGCUCGGCCGCUGCGUCGCACCACACUUCCCAUGGCGGCGCCGACGCGACGCACGCAAGCGCCAAACAAUCCAGAUCGCGCACCACCAUCCCUACGCAGUCGGGCAAAUGGAUCUUGGGCAAGACCAUCGGCGCCGGCAGCAUGGGCAAGGUGAAGCUGGCUCGCAAAGAAGACGGGUCUGAACAGGUUGCUUGCAAAAUCAUCCCUCGCGGUUCUACUGAUGAUGGUCAUCAGAGCCGGGCAGAGAAGGAGCGCGCCGAUCAGUCAAAGGAGAUCCGAACCGCUCGCGAGGCUGCCAUUGUCACCCUUCUCCAUCACCCCCACAUCUGCGGCAUGCGAGAUGUGGUUCGCACAAACUAUCAUUGGUAUAUGCUUUUCGAGUACGUCAACGGAGGCCAGAUGCUCGACUACAUCAUUUCACAUGGCAAGCUCAAGGAGAAGCAAGCCCGCAAGUUUAGUCGUCAGAUUGCCAGUGCUCUAGACUACUGUCACCGAAACAGCAUCGUCCAUCGCGAUCUGAAAAUCGAAAACAUUCUCAUCAGCAAAACUGGCGACAUCAAGAUUAUUGAUUUCGGCCUCAGUAACCUGUUUUCUCCUCGCGGCCAUCUCAAGACCUUCUGCGGAAGUCUCUACUUUGCCGCCCCCGAGCUGCUACAAGCAAGGGCAUACACUGGUCCGGAAGUUGAUGUGUGGAGCUUUGGCAUCGUCCUCUACGUUCUCGUUUGUGGUAAGGUGCCUUUCGACGAUCAGAGCAUGCCUGCUCUUCAUGCAAAGAUCAAGAAGGGUCUCGUCGACUACCCGAGUUGGCUUUCAAAUGAAUGCAAACACCUAAUGUCCCGAAUGCUUGUCACUGAUCCCAAGCAACGAGCAACCAUGCAAGAGGUUAUGAACCACCCUUGGAUGCUCAAGGGAUUCAGCGGACCUCCAGAUAAUUACCUUCCCGUCCGAGAGCCGCUUAGCGCCAACCUGGAGCCAGAAGUCAUCCACGCCAUGCAAGGCUUCAACUUUGGCUCUCCCGAGUCCAUUCGUACUCAACUUACAAAGGUUAUCGAAUCAGAGGAUUACCAGCAGGCUGUCAAGGCCUACCAACGUGAGAAGGAGCUGCCACAACCUACCAAGGACAGCGAGAAGAAGCGUGGAUUUGGCUUUGAUUUCUACAAGAGGAGAAACUCCAACAGCCGCGACACCCUUAGCGGGCCCAGCUCCGAGGCGUUGCAGAUUGGUGCCGACCCCCUGAACGCCUUCAAUCCCCUCACUUCCAUCUACUAUCUCGUCAAAGAGAAGCAAGACCGCGAGCAUGCGGAGAUGAGCCCGCCAGCAAGCACUUCUCGCGAAAAGGAAAAAGAAAAGGAGCGAGAACUUAGGGAGCGAGAACUUAGGGAGCGAGAACGCGCAGAGCAGACCGUACCUGAUUUGGCACCUCCUCAAGCGGCUCAUACCAAUGCUGCGGCGUUUGAAAUGCCGGGCGAGAGACCUACAGGCGGACGCACUCGACCUAGAGCUCGUACUCACGGAGAAGACGAUGCGCCAGACUUGGUGAAACAGCAAAACGUACCUGUACAGCCUGAAUCCAAAGCCGAUCAACUUCAGAAGAAGGAGGGCACUACUGCCAGCCUACUCCGGCGCUUCAGCACUCGGAAACGCAGGGAGCCUGAUCGAUCAGACAAGGAGAGAGACCGUUCCUACCCUCCCAUGGUACAUGUCCACUCACCACCCGAAGGAGCCCCUACAGCCCCUAGAAAGAGCUUCAGCAUCCGACGUGGACGGCGAGACCGUGACGAUCAUGCCAAUAUUGCGCUGCCAUCUGGCGGCAGUCAACAUAGCGAGCUGCUGAGCCCCCCAAUGUCUGCCGGUGGCAUUCGCGGAUCGCGAAAGUCGGGACUUGGACGGUCAACCAGUGUAAAUUCAGCGGAUAUUCGCCGACGAGAUAAUGCCAUGUCAUCGAGAGAGCCACCUUUGACGAGCGGCUCGGACCAAUCUGUCACAAACGACCAGUCUUCGACUGUACAGAGGAGCCACACGCAUUCACAAUCAGUGGCAAUGAGGGCCAAGUCUCUGGGACACGCGCGUCGCGAGAGCGUUCAACAGCGUCGUCUGCGAAGAGAAGCCGCUCAAGAGGCCAAUGUGCCAGAAGAAACCGAUUUGGAGCAGGAAGCAAGCGGCGUCUCCACUGAUCGACUGGACAGCGCUGAGUUGGCGAAACCCGUAUACCUCAAGGGUCUCUUCAGCGUUUCCACCACUUCCGGCAAGACGGUUCCGACUAUUCGUGCCGAUAUCCGGAGGGUGCUGAAACAGCUUAACGUCGACUAUGUCGAGAUCCGAGGAGGCUUUAGCUGCAAGUAUACACCAAGUAUCGACCUCAACAGGGUGCACGAUACACCGAGCAGCCCGCCUGCUCAAAAUCAAGGAGGUGGCCAUCGCCGCCGCUUUAGCUUUGGCGGCCUUAUGCGAGGCGAGGACCGUGAUCGCGACGACAUUCGCGAUAUGGAUCGAUCCCCCAUGACCCCAAGGACCCCUGGACGGCAGGACCGCGACCGCAAUCGAGACCGCGACCGCAGCUACUCCAACUCUGAAGAGUCGGUGGAUAGCAUCCCCCGAAGAAGUGGAGGAGUAUCGAGGCGCGUGCCUGGAGAGACGACGACGCAAGUGCAAAGCGAUCUUGGUGGUAGCAUGGUGAUGGAGUUUGAGAUUUUCAUCGUCAAGGUUCCACUGCUUUCCCUGCACGGCAUCCAAUUCAAGAGAAUGACUGGAAACACAUGGCAGUACAAGAACAUGGCGGAGCAAAUUCUCAAGGAGCUGAAACUCUAA